UGACCGCGUUAGAACGCUCUCAGUGCGCGUGAGUGUGUUUUGAACGGAGGGAGGCGGGUCUUCGCGGACUGAGGCUCUUCACGCUCGCGCUCGGUUCAUAUCACGCGUUAUUCUCGUCUAUGUAUGUCGGAGCGAUGUUUCUCUGUCGGAGGAACGCGUCUGGAGCGGCUUUAUUACUGCAGCGUCUGCAAGUAACGUUACCGAGCCGCGCAGUGCGUAACUACAGCUGCUCUCGUGUUUACCGGAGAUUAACGGCAAGCAAAGCCGUUCCAUUCCGGUCGCACGACACCACUCCGUUCGGAUCGCCGCUGGAUCUCGGUGUUCACGCGCGAAUGGCGGUGUUCGCUUUGAACGCUGACGCGCCGCGACGCGAGUACAGCGACGCGAGGACCGGCGAUCGGAGCGUCCUCAAACUCCGUGAACUCGAGUCGUUUCUAUCCGUUCGUUCUUCAGCUCCGGUCGCGAUCCAGUCCCGACGAUCAUCCACGACGCCCGGGAAGACGCAGGACGAACGCGCCGCUAACGUGACGCAAACGGAUCAGGUGUCAUCUGUGUCCGGCGCUGAAGGUCAGAGGUCAGGUGAGGAGCCCAGUAAGACGCAGCAGCUCAGGAAGGUGUUUAAGGAGUACGGUGCCGUCGGAGUCUGUUUCCACAUCGGAAUCUCGCUCAUCUCUCUGGGAAUGUGCUACCUCGCCAUAUCCAGCGGGCUGGACGUGACGGCUCUGCUGUGUAAGCUGGGCUUCAGUGAGUCUGUGGUUCAGUCGCGGCUGGCUGCUGGCACCAGUACGUUUGUGUUAGCGUACGCCGUGCACAAGCUCUUCGCUCCGCUGCGGAUCAGCAUCACGCUGGUGUGUGUUCCUCUGAUCGUCAGACACCUCCGGAGGACGGGACUCUUCAGAGCCGGUCCAAACCGUCCAUAAGCUGGUCUGUCCGCUCGACUCGUGACACUAACUCCUCCAGCGCUUCUCCAGAGCAGACAGAAGACCGAUGUGAACGCUGUGAAGACUUUCAUGAUUGUUUGUUAGUUUGACGCUCUACAGUCACAGUUAUGUGAAGUCUGUUGACAGUGAUUUUAUCAGCUGUGACUUUUCUAAGAUGAAGCGUUAAUGAAGUGCUGUAAUGUGCAGGUUUGUCUUAUUCUAAGACAGUUUAAUUGAUUUACUUUACACUAAUGUUCAUCAGAUCUAUCAGACGGGCUUUUUGGGAGAUUUCAGGACAAUUUUGGACUUUGACUGUUAAUUAUAUUGACAAUCUCAUUGUGUGAUUUAUUAUUGACAAGUCAAUGUUAUAUUUGGCUGUUUAAUUCUAUAAUAAAAUGUUUGCCCUAUAAGGACUAAA